AUGGCGGAUCAACGAGACAAAUCUCGCACUCGCAUCCGCAAGACCUCCGAGAUAUGCGCCCAAUGUCGGAACCGCAAGGUACGAUGCGAUGGAGACUCGAGAGGCUGCGGGAACUGCAAGAGACUGCGCUUCGGAUGCUCUUUGGUGGCUUCGUCUUCAGAGACCAACGAGAGUUUGGAGCUACUGGAGAGACGACGGGUUUUGAGAGCGUGCAUCCCUUGUCGGGAUCGGAAGCUGAAAUGCUCGGGGCGAUUCCCAGCCUGUUCCCGGUGCCUCAAUCGCGGUGUCACAUGCCACUAUCCCGCCACUGCAAGAAGCAACACGAGUGGUGAUCCUCAACUGUCUGGUCAAGCUGAAACCUCCGACACGGGCGUAUCUGUACCACAGACCCAAUCUUUCGCAAGACCCGGGAAGACCCAUUCAGGGCAUUCAACGCCCGGGACGACCCAUUCAGGGCAUUCAACACCGAUGCUUGAACCUCACUCAUCAUGGCAGGCUUUAUUCUUGCCCAGGGAGCUCGAAAUCGACAAACAGACCAUCAAACAGCACAUCGACGCCUUCUUCGACUUUGUUUACCCUAUUCCAUGUUAUGGGUUCUUCCAUCGAGCAACUCUUCUCCAGUCCUGGUCUAGAAACGAUCUAAAUCCAUGUGUUCUAAAAGCAACUUGUGGCUUGGCGUCUCAGUUCAUCUUCCGAGGCAGCACUAAACAUCGAGAAGUGGCACGGAAAUGGAUCGAAGCAACAGAAACCCAGCUCCUCUCAAGACUCGGCGAACCACGGAUGUCGGACAUCGAAGCGUGGUUACUUGUCAUACUGGAUCAUUACCUGUCCCGCCGUUUCACCAAGAUGCUCGUCUCCAUAUCUCUGGUCUCUCGGCUCGCGUACAUCCUCCGCCUCAAUCAUGAAGAUAGUCGCCAGACAUUCCUCGUACAGGAGCGCCGAAGACGGUUGAUGUGGUCUAUCUACGCAAUAGAUACGCUGUACUCGAGUGGCAAAGCAGAAUUCACAGCCUGCACCACCGAGACUCUCCACAUUCGACUACCCUGCAAUGAGAAGUCCUUUUUGAUGGACAUACCGACUUCCACGGGCUUUCUAAAUGCAGAUUCCGACCCUAAUUACCCAAACAUUGGACUUGUUGGAUACUGCUUACGCAUUUUAAACAUCCGCGACCGCGUUCAGAGGCUCACCCUCACAAUUACCAACCACCGCAAACCCCUUGACGAAUGUCUCCUUGCCGUAGGAUUCAUCGAGCAUGAACUUCAACGCUUCUACACCUCUCUGCCGUCCCGCUACCACUUCGACUCAAAAGCCUUCUCCCUACGCUCUUUCUCACCCUCUCGCACACCAUUCCUGAUGCUUCACGCUUGGUGGCACCAAGCACACUGCGACCUUUUCCGUUUCACCAUUCCCGGCUUCCGAGAAGGUCUGCCAACCGCGGAGAUCCUUCAGAUGUCCCCCGACUUCACGACAUCUUGUCAGGAGAAAUGCCUCUUCCAUGCUGUGUCUGUAUCGAGAAUCCUCGAGACGCCGAAGCUAGUAGGAGGCUCAGACUUGAUCAGUGAUCCAUCUCUUGCCAUGUGUGCCUUUCACUCGGCCAGAGUCAUCUCAAGGUUGGGUCAGCAUCCUAUGGGGCACAUGGCCCAGGUUGAGUUAGUGGCAAGAUUAACUGCUUGUGCCGAAGCGCUAGAGGAGCAAGCUGCAAUCUUUCCAACGACUGCUAUCUUGAAGAAAGGCAUCCAGGACUUGGUCAGUGAUGCCCAAAGAAACCGUGGUCGUGCGCACGCCUGCCCGUCCAUUUGGGAAGAUGAAGAAAAUGAGAGUAUCCAGACUACGAGAUCAGUAAUGAAUCAUGACGGCGAAUCCGAAAGAAGGGAGAUCUACUCCAAGCACAGUGUCACAGAUAUUGUCCGAAACCUUCACUUUGAGUCAAGAGACCAAGAUGAAGACGCCACUAGGGCUCAGACGGCGCCGAUAUUGUCAGAAGAAUCCCGGCCAAUGCCCACGGUGGCAUCCAAUAGCAUCACGACGGGCCAAUAUGUGCAGAUGGACAUCACCUCCAAUGUCUCUGAGCCGCUAAAUCCCGACUCCAGUGAGUUCAGCAGUCAUUCCAGAGAGGUAGUCGAGUAUGAGGACAACUUCUUGACCCUGGGGUUUGACCCGCGGUAUGGCUCGGGACAACCAGAUUUAUUUCUGGACUCGUUCUGGCCAGUCACCGAUGGAGAUUGGAUGAUGCCGGAUGUCAAUAACGGGUAG